AUGAAUUUAGGCUGUUCAAAACCAAGGGAAGGACAAUUUGUAAUGGUGUUGUUGGAGGCUUUUGAACCAAAUGCACUCCCAACUUAUUUAAGAAAAAAAAACAUUAGUUCACAAAUACAACAAGCUGUGGAUUCAAAGAAAUUAGAAAAAAGUUUAAGACCUUCAUCUAGUGACAGUAAUAACGGUUUUGAUGAAAAACCAUUAACAGAAAGAAGUAAUUCAUUCCGAAAAUACAAUGCACCUUAUCUGAACAGAUCACUAGCACAAAGCGGUGACUAUUCAGAAAAUCUGUCCCUGUCACCAAUAUACAAAAAUUCAAACAAGUUAUUGUUUCAUAGAGAGAAGGAAAUCACCUCUAAGGGGCCAUUUCUAACAGAAUUUGAUGAUGAAUUGGAUUUAUCCAGUUCAGAUCAUCAAGCAAAAAGACCAAAAUACAAAAGCAUGGAAAAUUAUGUAAAACAAAGAGAAUAUGAUGAGUAUCUUCACUCAUCUCUUCAGAGAAGAGCAGAUAUAUAUGCAAAUGGAAAGGAAAAAAAGACAGUAGCUUUUUCUAGAGCUAAAGCAAACACAUUAAGCAAAGCUCCACCAAGCCUUCCUAGUUUAAGUCAACGAAACUUGUUUACUACUCCCACUUGUGGAAAAGUUUCUCUAGAUAGUGUGAAACCCAAUAAUCUUAAAGUAGGUUUGGUGAUAGAGUGUAAAGAAAAGGAAGCAGUAAUAAGUGUUUUAUUUAAAGAUGGUGUUUUUUUGCAUUAUUUCAAUGUAAAAGAGUCAAUACCCUUCAAUAGACUUGUUGUUUUAACUAAUGAUGAAUACAAACUACUUCUUGGAGAAGCGUGGAUGGAGAGAUUAAUUGAUUUUGAGUUGGGUACAUCAUCUAAAACAAAUUUCAGUUUCUCUCCUAACAAGGUUUCUGAUACUAAAAGCAAGGAGUGGGUAGAACUGAGAAAAAAAAUGAUGACAGCUUUGAACAAACUUAAAAAAAGGAAAGGAAUAGAUGAUGAAUCGUUAAGGUCACCAACAAUGCAAGAUUUAAUGAAGGAACUUGAGGAUGGUAAUGAAGAAAAUUUUCUUGAAACAUAUAGAGAUGGAGCUUCAAGCAAAUUCCAUAAAGAUGAAGAGGAGGAAAAAGAGAAAAUUUUCACAAGAUGGAACGAAAGGUUGGAAAGUUUCCACGCUUUACGAUUGACUGAGCAAGGUCUUCUUUCUCAAAAGAGAAACACAACAUUGAGAGAUCUUUCAGAAUCUCUUUCAAACAAAAUGGGCCAUUUAAUGGCAUAUGAGGAAGCUAUCAUGUCAGCCUUUCAAUCAACAGGAAAUGAUAAUUCCAGCACAACAAAAGAGAAACUAGCUAAGGUUGUUCCAUCCUUAAACUCCUUAAACUCCUCAAUGAUUAACUCUUCCCAGGUUUCUAAUAAUGUUGCUCACAAUUUAAUUUCUCCAAGAACUCCAAGAACAUUUUUCAUGGACCAUCUUUCAGGAAAAACACUUCCUGGGAAAGUAGUAUUCAUAGAUCCUAUUAGCUUAAUAAUGAAUAUUAUUGUAUCAUACCAAAAAAAACCAAUUACUGAUCCUAUUCUUUCUCCAAGAAUGAUGAACUCACCUCGUUCAAGGGCGAGUAAGCACAAUGAAGAAACGGAGCAUACUGCUUCAAUUAUGAUAUAUUUGUAUCUUGACAAAAUUUCCUUUAUUGUUGAUGGUGAGAAUAAAGCAUCCACCGCUUAUGGCCCUCUUACUACCAAAUUAAUUGGGAAACAGGAACCAACAAAUCAAAAUACACCUUCGGAAACACUUAAAGUUCCAUCAUCUACUCCAGUAACUCCACUGAAUGAAAGUUUAUCUCCUGAUGCUAUCCAACAAUUAGAGGCAGAGGAGAGGGAAUCUCUUUUAGAAACAAUAUUUGGAAAUUUCACCACAAUUCAUUCAUCCAUCGACACCAGCAAAUUCCGAGUAUUAAUAUAUAAUGAAGUAAUACAAGGAGCCAAAAUACAAAAAUUUGAAGAAUAUGCAGAAUAUGAAAAGAAUUUGGCUGAAGAAACAAAAUUGAUGGGCAACUCAAAAACAUCAAAAAAUCCGGAAGCAGAGGAGCAAGCAAAACAAAAUAGACUUUCAGAGCUAAAAAAUGAUAGAAAGAGGCUAAUUGGGCUCAUUUACAAAAGGUUUAUUUCUUUCCAGAUAGAUGAUUAUUUAAAAAAGAAAUCUGAAGAUGAAAAGAAAAAGCAAGUAGAUUUACAAAAGAAAGAGGAGGAAAAAAGAAAGGAAAAAGAAAAAUUUGACAAAAACAAAAAACCUUCCGAACAAGCAAUAAUUAAUAAUGAACAAGAAAUUUCCAAUCAAAUUAUCGAAAAUGCAGCAAUCACCCCAAGAGAAGAAGGUUUUAUUGUUAAGAAUGAGCCCAUUCUCUACUUUUUGUUCAAAGAUUUUCCAGCAACAAAAGAAGAUAUUAAUUUAUUAAUGGAUUGUGGGGUAAACUUUGAUUGUGUUGUUAAGUUGGGAAAAGAAAAGAAAAGAGGUCCUCCCCCAAUAAUGGACGAAGAUCUUUCACAAAGACUUGGUGACAAGAAAAAACGUCCAAAAAGCACUGACGCAAAACGUCCCAAGAGUGCUACUAAAACUGGUUCUCAAAAGAAGGGAUCAACACAAGCAACACCAACAUCUACUUUUAAACCAGAUACCAGACUUUGCCAAAUUAUUGAACAUUCUUGUAAAUUGAGAGAUGAAAAUAUUUCAGGAUUUAUUCGAAAUAUUUUACAAAUCAAUCAUUCUUUCGUUGAGUAUACAUAUGAUGACGAUAACUCAAAAUUUGAUCCAGGUGAUAGUUUAGAGAGAGAAGUUGGUAGAUUUUUCUCCACAUUAGAAAAAUAUGCUCAAGUAAUUAUGAAUCGUUAUGACGAUUACGAAAAAGCUAUUGGAAAACUUGAACAAGUUUAUGUUUCGGAUGAAAAUACAAUAUUGGAUUUGAGUUAUUACAACAAGUUACUCGAAAAUAUACCAGACAGUUGCUGUUCUGAAGCUGUAAUCCUUCAUUGUCUAAUAGAACAACUGGUCAAAACAGUUGAAGAUAAAUAUGAGCUCUCAUCCAAUGGAGAUGAUAAAAAACUAACCAAAGAUUAUACAGAAAGCUUAACUAACCUUUUACACACUGCUUUCAACCCAAGCAUAAACUUUUUAGAAGUAUCUGAUUUGAAAGAGAGGCAAAGACCUGCCAUAAAUACUUUGGAGAAGGUGGGAGGUUUGUCAUUAAUACCAUUUGGCUCCAAAAUAUCAGAACAUGCUCUUUGCACAAUUCCAAUACAUCACGAUACAACAAAUAUUGACAUUGAAAGAAAAGUUACUAGAAUGCUUCACUUAUUUCCUGAGCUAAGUAAUCAAACCGCUACAAUAGAAACAGAAGAAGAGAGAGUGAGUAUAAAAACAGAAAUUUAUCACUUCCUUUCUGGAAAGGACGAGGAUAUUCAUGGACCUUACAAAUAUUCUAGAGAAGAAGUAGACAAAGAAUUAGUAAUGAUGGAGUUUGAGGAAAUGCUAAGAGAGAAAGGAGUUGAUUUAGACUUGGGUGAUCGUAAUGUAGAAGAACAUUUUAAUGUUGAAACAAUGAUUGAGGUUAUUUCAUAUAUUGGAUUAUUUGAAAAGCCAAGCCUGAUUUCAAAAUAUAACGAGUUGAAUAAUUCGGUCCUUUUAGCUUUUUACAAUGAGGUACCGCCUUGUAGAUACGAACGUAUUUCCAUGCUUAAAAGGUUCUCCCUUAAUGAGUAUUUUUUGGAGUGGUUUUCUAACUAUCAAACCUAUUUUUCAGAUCAAUUUAAAAUUCAAUUUGAUAAGGAAUAUAAUGAAUGUCACAAAAGGAUACAGAAAUUGUCUCAAUUUGGAGCAGAAGACGAAGAUCAUCACAAAGAUACUCAGGAAACCUCUUCAACCAUUCAAAAUAUUCUUGCACUUCCCCUUCCACAUCUACCAAAAGUGCCUCAUGAUAUCAUUCUCGAUCCUAAAAAUGAAAGAUAUAUAUUUGAAGGCAAAGGUGCAGACAUUUAUAUUGAUACAGUCAACCUUUACCCAAGUGAUGGUUCAAUCAUUUAUCUAAAGUCGGAAUAUUGUACAGACAAGAGCAUUUCUUGUACUGUUGAAAAGGAUGGGCUUGUUUUUGGAUUUAAAAAUACCAUUAACAGUUUGGAUAAUCCUCAUAAUAUGUUGAAAAGAAAGUCAUAUUUUUCCUGUUCUUUUGAGGAUGAUUCUAGUCUAAUAGCAUUUUUACAAGACCAAGUUGAUGCUAAAUCGACAGAGGUUGACUUCAGUUGCAAUAACGGCCUUCAAAUACGCUUAAUGCAAGAUGGAUCUAUCCAUCAAUUCUAUCCCUCACAAUUAAAAUCUAAGAAGAAGGUUUUUGGUACUGGGUUUAAAGGAUUAGAUAGAAAUUCUACUGACAAGAUGACUAUUAGUUUACAUCCUGUAGAAGAAUUAAUUGAAAUAUGGAACUCUACUACUGAUACAGUUGAAAAGAAGCUUGUAAGAGAGCUUUCUCUAACUGUAACAAAAGACGGAGCAAUAAUAAGGAGAUUUGAAGGGGAUAUUUCGCAAACAUUAUUUCCAAGCAGCGAAAUUCAUCACUUUAAUUCUGACGGUUCAUGCUUAAAGACUGCCCCGACAGGUGCAAGGUGUGUAGAGCUAUUAGAUGGAACUAUUUUGAAUUUAGACACUGUUAAAUAUGUUAAAAAUGUUGAUGCAUGGAAGGAUGCAGAAGUCCAUGUAAGAGAAGAUUUAGUUAUGAAAGUGAUUUUCAGUGACAGUUCUCAACUGGUUCAAUAUUCUGAUGGCUUCCGUAUUUGGAGAUGUCCAGUUGUUCAUGGUCAAGUUUUUGUUGAUGACGAAGAAGAUGAAGAUGAGUUUAUUCAUGUUAAUGAUUUUUAUACCCUUAUCGAAAGAAGCGGUUUUGCAAGUGUUAAAAUUCUCAAAGAUAAGAUUUUGUAUGAACUUCCAGACCAAUCUUUAUUUACCUACAGAGACAGAAAGCAAUUUACCCUUUCCAAACUAGGUCAUAUGAUUACUAUUGAUUUAGAAAAAAAUUUUGUUGAUUUAGAGCCAUCCAGUUUAUCCUUUACCUCAAUCAACAAAGAAAGAUUCCAAAAAAAGUCCUCCAAGUAUUAUUUUGGAAUGUACUCUUUCGAUUAUUUGAAUGGAGGAAUGAAAAUGAUUGAUAUUGUUGGCCAUGAAUUUGUAGUCACAGGAACAGGUAGAUCAAUGAUCAAAUUCUAUCAAGAAAGUGAAAAAAAUCAAAAGGAUAUUCACAACGAAAGAAUGCUUAUUGAAGAAAGAAAAGCAAGCAGAGCAUGUACACCAAAAGUCUCCAGAAGUAAAAGACCUAAGAGCUCCUCAAUACCACCAGAACAAGAUGAGUCAAAUGGUAUCACGGCUGAGGAAACAGAUGGUACUCAAGAAGACAUGGAAACAUAUGCACUUUCUCAGUCUCUUAUCAAUUAUUUCAAAAAGAACAAAAUUGGAUUACCUCCUGUUUCUGUUAUUGGAGAAAUUCCAAAGGACAACAGUCACAAAUUCUUAAUUCAACCUCGACUUUUUGAGUUAUCCAUGAAAGGUUCAUAUGCUUUUGAGUAUCUUCCAGAAAGCUUUAUUGCGCCAUUUACUGAUGCAUCAAGAUCGAAUCCUGAGAAGAUUAAUAUUUCUGAAGAUAUGGUUGGAGAGUUUAGAAGUGUUUCUUCUGUUCAUAUCUAUACUAAAUACGAUCAAGGAACUAAAUAUUUGGAAAGCCCCGAAAAUUAUUACUCCCUACCAAAAGCUGUCAUUCCUCUUGGCAGACUGAAAACGGCUGAUCCUUCUCUAUACUAUCACAGGCAUUUCAACAAGUAUAGACCUCUGUCAAUAGAUGAUAGAUCUAAAUUAAGGGAUAAAUUCAAUCGAUGGAAAGAAUGGAGAGUAAGAAAAGAAGGAUAUUCAAAAGAAAAUUCUGAAGAGGGUGAUAUCAGGAGUGAAGACCAAAAGCAAAAGGAAGAAGAAAUCAAGAAUGAAUUAACAACUAUAUUCUCCGAAAAUAACAUCUUUGAAAAGGAAGCACCAAUAGAGGAGGAACAGAAUCCUGAGGAUUUUACAGUCAUUCAAGUGGUUAAAAAAGAUGAAAUAGAAAAAGAUAGAGGGCUAAACAUUAAUGAGUACAAGCAGGAAAAGAAAAAUAGCAAUACUCCUAAAUACUGGCACGAACCUGAAGCUUUAGAAGUUUGGAAAACGUUGGUGUUAGGAAUUCCAAAGAAGGAAAAAAAGGAAAAGAAUGAAAGCCUUCCAGAACAAUCCAAUGAAGAGGCAAGUGUAGAAACUAAUGAAGAGUAUUCAGAGAACGAAAAUAUAGAACCCAAUUAUUUACCAGUCCACAACGAAGGAGACAAUUACGAUACCAAAACCGAAUCGACUAGAAAAGGAAACUCUCAAGAUCCAAGUUUUUAUUCUGUGGAAAAUGUUAGCAAAUCGGUUUGGUUCAAGAAAUCAUUCAUCAAAACUGCUGAAGCCGUUCCAAAUGAUGAAUACAAAUCUCUGCAUGAUCCUUCCAAAAUCAAGGUGAAAACAUCCUCCAUGAAAACACCAAACCAACCUCAAAAAACCAUGGAAAAGAAACUUCCAUCUAGGAGUGAUAUGCAAAAAUCUUCAAUUACAAGAGAAACCAUAUCAUCACCCUCUCCUCAACCAGGUCUGAGUAAUAUUCAAGUGUUUCCAAAUUCCUGUAAUUUUGGGUCUUUGAUGGUUGGUGAUGUUUACAGAAUGAGUGUUCAAAUGAUUAAUAGUGGACAUAUAACUGGAAGAUUUCAAAUUGACUACCAGAACAGAAGCCAAUGGUUUGCUAUGGAAGACUCUAAGGAAAGUGAAACAAAAAUUGAUGAGGAAGAGGAUGACUGGUUUAAUGAUGAUGGGGAGGAGGAGGAAGAAGACGAAAUUAUCGAUGAAGAAGAAGUACUUAAUUCAGCACCCUCAACAUGGAGGCAAGCAAGUAAGGUGGAAGAUUUACUUGAGCGUUUACAGCUCCACAAAGAGAAACAAAGUGGGAUAAAAAAACAAAAAAACCCAACGGAUCAAGACAGAUGUGAUGAUCCUCUUGAUCUUGUAAACUUUUCAGCACUGAAGAACGCUAAAAAAACUUGUACUAGGAGAAAAGAAAUUCAAUCUAACAAACUGAGACAAUUUGUGCAUGAUAAUCUGGAAAAAUAUAUUUACCUCAAAGACAAGUUGGAAGAGUUUUUAAUAGGCGAUAGAGAAGGAAGAAAUAUAUUUAAUGACAAUGCAGUUGCUGGUUUGGAACAAUCAUUUGAUAAUUUGCAAUCAUACUGUAAGAACUUAUUUUCGCCAAUGAUAAAAACACAACAAAUGGGAGAAGAAAUUAGAUCAAUGGUAAAUAUCGUAGACAAACUCAAAUUUCUAUUUAUUAUUCCUUCCGACAUUAAACAAAAUAGAGAAAGAGUUUUGAUAUCCUUGAGAGAACAAAUAAUGAGCCAGGUGGAUGAGGUCAAAACAGAACUCUAUUCUAAACUUAAAGAUUCAAGCGUUUCCAUUGAAGUAAAGGAAAGAUACGUUGGAUAUCUGUAUUUAUUGGAUGCAAAACAAGUUGAUCCAAUCAAAUUUUUUAUUAGUUACCAAUUUAAUUCAUUAAUUGACAAAAUGCAAGACAUUUUCUCUUCUAUUGAAGAAAAAAAUGCUUCUAUUAAACUUAAGAGUGGUAAAUCUUUUAGAGGGGAAACGGAUUUUUAUGACCAAGCAGAAGGAAUGGACAUUGAGCACCUAUUAUUGGAAGAGGAAAUCAUGUGGUCUUUUGACUCCCUUGAAACAAAUCAAACAAAGAAGGUUGAUACCAAUUACCAAUUAUUGGUUGCAGAGUCUGUAAAAAAGUUGUGUGAUAUUUUAUAUGAUAACCUUCAAAUAAUUUGGAAGUUUUCCAAAUACAGUUUAGACGAUAAAUUUGAACCAAACCAACAAAAAAAGUCAAAAAGAGGUUUUUCAGACUUGGCUACAUUAAAAGAUAGGGAAAAGAAAAUACAAAAAGAGGCUGAAAUUGAGUCAAUUUUUACUGAAAUUUGCAACCUUUUUUCAGUUUUAUGUAGAGAAUUAUUUGAAAAGUUAGAUUGUAUCGAGUGCAAUCAGUCAUUUAUUAUUGAGAGUUUGAAUUACUUUGUUACCAAGUUGGAUUCAAUAUCUGAAUUGAAAAUCAAAACAAAAUUUUCGGUGCCUUUCUUUAACUUUGCUCAAGAAUUGAAAACUGAGACAAUCACCAAAUAUUGUGAAAGAACAAUGGAAGAGAUAAGAAUAUUACAUGAUAAGGAGGAUUGGAUAAUUGUAAAAGAGAGCAACACGACACAACUCCCAUUAUUAUUUAUGAAACACAUAUAUGAGUUGCUUAAUAUCUUGACAAUAGUAACAACAACAGGAGAUGAUAUUGAUGAAAAAGAUAUUCUUAACUCAAUGAAAACAAGCAAAAGCACAACUUUCUCAGCAAUCCUGUCUCAAUAUUCUAAUAGUGGACUUAACCCAGACAAGAAACUAAUGAUAUUAUUGAGAAACAUAUAUGAAUUGAUCAAUAUGGGAGGUGCCUUAGAAAAAAUACUACAUACAUUCGAUGAGAAAAUUCUUUGUAAGGAGGAUUUAGAAAUAAUAGAUGACAACCUUGAUGAUAUUGACAUUGAUGAUUUGGAUAUUGAGAAUAUGACACCAAUUCAAACAAAGCCAAAAGAAAAGUUCAGUAACUCCUCGCUAGUAAGGGAUAUGUACAAUACUUUCGACAAGUUAUCGAAUUUAAUUUUGAAGAAAUGGCUAAGACGAAAAGCUAUUGCUCUCUCCAGCACUCUUCGCAAAGGUAUUAUCGAUCCAGGAUUCAGGUGGGCAACUGCCUCUACACCUACAACAAUUAGAAGCUAUAUGAUAGAAACUCUUCUUGGACUAGCACUAGUUCACCACGAAGCUAACAUGAAGGCUAGGGCUGAUCUUCCAACAUUUGUCUGUAGGGAACUUAAAAAAGAGCUUCUUAAAAAUUUUAAUGAUUGUUGUAUGCUUCUUCCAGACGACACUUGUGCUAAUGGAAUACUUCAAUUGGAUAUCGAGAUCAGCUUUUUUGAUGAAUGUUUGUCCUAUUUUGAUUCGGAAGAAAGUGCAACCAUCUUUUCUAAAAUUAGAGGAAAAUUGAUUGAUAUUUCAGAAGAUAUUGAUUAUGGAAAUUCUUCUAACAAACAAUUUUCUUUGCAGCUACAAUCUAUUAAGGAAAGUGUUAUUGAAACAUUUAAGGAAAAAACAAAAGAACAACUUGUGGGGUUUAAAAACCCAAUUCAAGGAGUCAGACAACAAAGAGCACCAACAAGAAGAAUGUCAUGUAUGCCCAAACCACUUUCACAAAAUCAAUCCACAAUUCAAACUCAACCUUUGAGAAGCACAAUGGAACCUGAAUCUGAUCAGUCAACCAGAAGAAAAAGAGCAGUGGCCACAAAGCCAACCCAAAAUCCUACAUUUCUAUCAACAACAGAAGCCCAAGACAGCACAGAUAUUAAAAAGAUAAAAGUUAGGAUUGCAGAACCAACCCCAUCCGAACCGCCUGAAGAACCCAUAAUUCCGGUUCGAAGAGUCAUUAGAAAAACAGCUAGUACGCUAAAUCCAAUCCUUAAGCCACCAAGACCAAACAGUACAAAAGAAUAA